AUGCCAGGCAAUCGAAUCCUCUGCGUUGCAGAGAAGCCUGCUAUCGCCAAGGCAGUUGCUCAGCAUCUUUCUGGAGGCUCUUUUCAGACCAUCAAUAUACAUGGCCAGCAAUAUGUGAAAAACUACGUCUUCAGCUUCAACUUUGGUGGAGCAUGGGGAAACUGCGAAGUAACCAUGACUAGUGUCAUUGGUCACUUGACCGGGCUGGAAUUUGGCAAGGAAUACAAAGGUUGGACUUCGUGCCCGCCUAGUCUGUUGUUUGAAGUGCCGGUGUUCGAGAAUGUCGAUACAGAUAAACUAAGCAUUGCCGAGAAUAUCAAGAAACAGGCUCAGUACUGCAAAGCCCUGUUUAUCUGGACUGAUUGCGAUCGAGAGGGAGAGCAUAUCGGAACUGAAGUCAAGAAACAGGCCCGUUUAGGCAACGCUCGCAUUGAAGUCAAGAGGGCUAGGUUUAGUAACACCGAAAGAGCUCAUGUAUUGAGAGCGGCUCGUGAGCCCAUAGAACUGGACGAAAAGCAAGCAAGUGCUGUAGCUGCCAGGAUUGAGUUGGAUUUGCGUGUCGGCGCUGCAUUCACACGUCUACAGACACUUCAACUGCAGACUCUUGGAAGUCCUCUAGACCAGGGUCCGAUCAGUUAUGGUUCAUGUCAGUUCCCUACACUAGGUUUUGUAGUCGACCGGUAUCUUCGAGUUCAAAACUUUAAACCAGAACCUUUCUGGGCCAUAGCCGUCAUCCAUAAACGUGAUGACAUCAACGUCAACUUCAACUGGCGUCGAGUGCGCCUCUUUGACCGAGCAGCCGUGACUGUCAUGCUGGAACGAUGUCUCGAUGCGAAGAAUGCAAAAGUCACCAAGGUGACAAAGAAGCCAACCAGCAAAUGGCGACCAUUACCUCUAACAACUGUUGACUUGCAGAUGAUGGGCAGUAAGUAUCUGCGAAUGACUUCUCAUCAAGUGAUGCAAAUUGCAGAGACAUUAUACACACGCGGAUUCAUCAGCUACCCACGAACGGAAACAGAUCAGUUUGACAAAGCAAUCGAUUUGAAGAAGCUCAUUGAAAAGCAAGUACCAGACCGGACUUGGGGACAAUAUGCGCAGGGUCUAUUGGACGGUAACUUCAGGACACCUCGUGCAGGUAAAAAUAACGAUCAAGCUCAUCCGCCCAUUCACCCUAUCUGUGCAGUAGGAUCGUCGGCACUCAAAGACGAAGAGAAGCGGGUAUUCAACUUUGUAGUCCGGCGCUUUCUCGCAUGUUGCUCAGAAGACGCCAAGGGUCAAACUUCUGAAGUCGAAAUCCAGUAUGGCGAUGAAUACUUCCAUGCCAAAGGACUCAUUGUUCUCGAGAGAAAUUACUUGGAUAUCUACGUCUACGACAAAUGGGAGAGCAGCACGCAGCUACCUCAUUUCGAAGUCGACGAGGUCUUUGAGCCAACUGAAGCGAAGAUCACGGAAGGAAAGACGACACCACCGACGUACUUGACAGAGCCAGAACUGAUUGCACUCAUGGAUGCAAAUGGUAUUGGCACGGAUGCUACUAUGGCAGAGCAUAUCAAUAAGAUCAAAGAGCGACAAUACGUUGCAGCACGUCCUCAUACUGGCGGGGGCAACAACGAAGCUGGUGGUAGAGGCCGAGGCCGUGGUAGAGCAGCGGCAAGCAAUACCGGCGUCCAAGAACUGAUACCCACACGAUUAGGCGUCGCUCUAGUCGAAGGAUACGACAAUGUUGUUGCCGGCCUCGCGGAUUGCCCGUCGCUCAGCAAGCCACAUUUACGGAAAGAAAUGGAACAACUCAUGCGUGACAUUUGCAACGGCACCCGGACACGCACGGAAGUCGUUGAGCAGAGCUUGGAUAUGUACCGUGGAGUUUUUAUUCAGACACAACGAAGAAUCGACAUGUUGAAAGAAGCGUGUCGAAAAUACGUGUUUCAGCAGGGGGCAGUGACGGUAACGACGACGACGAACACGAAUGGGACAAGAAGGCGACGAUGA